CUUGUCGCCCCUCCAGUUCCCGGAAGUGAGAGGGAUGCUGAUGCUGGAAUAAACAUGGCGCUGGGGGGUGACGGCGGUUUCGGGGCCUCGGCUUCCUUCCUUGUUUUAUGGAGUUUGCUGUUGGUGACGGAGGUGUCCUGGGCUCGGCUUCACCAUCUCACUCUGAAGGCUGACAUGCGGCAGAAGGUUCACCUCAACACUUUUGGCUUUUUUGAAAACGGCUCGAUGAGUGUGAAGGUUAACAGUCUCUCUACUGAUGGUUUAUCCAAACUGGACAACAGCACGUUUGGAUUCAGUCUGGACCGAACCAAGAACGAUGGCUUUUCUACAUACCUGGACCAGGAAUUGCGUGAAUGCAUAUUAAAAGGCAUACCAUCUAGCGUUUCCAUUACACUCCUUAAACUGGAUUUCACAAAAAAACGCAUUUUUGUAAAGAAUGCUGGUGCUGCCAGUCUGCCAAAGAUCAUAAUUGUACCUCCAGUGGAAAAAAGUACGGUGGCACCAACAAAAGGCACUCCCCCUAAGAUUAUGGCAGCUCCUCCGAAACCGGAAAGGAAACGCAGAGAUACAGAUAUUGCUAAGGAUAAACAUGAAAAACAAGAUGACGAACCAGAAACGAACAAGCAGAAAGAUGACGAACCAGAAACGAACAAGCAGAAAGAUGACAAACUGGAAACGAACAAGCAGAAAGAUGACAAACUGGAAACGAACAAGCAGAAAGAUGACAAACUGGAAACGAACAAGCAGAAAGAUGACAAACUGGAAACGAACAAGCAGAAAGAUGACAAACUGGAAACGAACAAGCAGAAAGAUGACAAACUGGAAACGAACAAGCAGAAAGAUGACAAACUGGAAACGAACAAGCAGAAAGAUGACAAACUGGAAACGAACAAGCAGAAAGAUGACAAAUCAGAAACGAACAAGCAGAAAGAUGACAAAUCAGAAACGAACAAGCAGAAAGAUGACAAAUCAGAAACUGACAAGCAGAAUGAUGACAAACAGAAAACCGUAAAAGAAAAAAAGAAUGAAAGUAAAGUUAAAAUCCAGGAUGAGUAUCACCCAAUGAGCGUGGAUAAAGAUGGUGUAGCCUCUUUUCAGUUUUACUUUAACGUGAGCACGGAUGAGCUAGAGGGGCUGUACAGCUUGUACUUCCAUAGUUGUGGAGGGGCCAGUGGCUCAGUUCGAGAUCAGCAUUCCUUCAACUUGGAUAUUGAAAUUGUUGACAGGAAUCCCCAGAGUUUCCUUUCUGCAGAUGAGAUCCCGCUGCCAAAGCUCUACAUCUCAAUGGCACUUUUUUUCUUUCUGUCGGGGAUUGUCUGGGUUCACAUACUCCGGAAACGCAGCACUGACGUUUUUAAAAUCCAUUGGUUGAUGGCCGCCCUACCGUUCACAAAAUCUUUGUCACUGGUUUUUCACGCAAUCGACUAUCACUAUAUAUCAUCCCAGGGUUACCCAAUUGAAGGCUGGGCUGUGGUUUAUUACAUAACCCAUUUGCUAAAAGGAGCACUUCUUUUUAUCACCAUUGCACUGAUUGGGACUGGCUGGGCCUUUGUUAAACACAUCUUGUCUGACAAGGAUAAGAAAAUAUUCAUGAUCGUCAUUCCCCUACAGGUACUCGCCAAUGUGGCUUACAUCAUCAUUGAGUCCACAGAAGAAGGCACGACUGAGUAUGGUCUGUGGAAGGAGGUUCUUUUCCUUGUAGACUUGCUGUGCUGCGGGGCGAUCCUGUUUCCAGUCAUAUGGUCCAUUAGACAUCUACAAGAGGCAUCUGCUACAGAUGGGAAAGCUGCGAUGAACUUGGCCAAACUGAAGCUCUUCAGACAUUACUAUGUCAUGAUUGUCUGCUUCAUUUAUUUCACUCGGAUCAUCGCAAUUCUCAUCAAGGUUGCUGUCCCUUUCAAAUGGAAGUGGAUGUACCAGCUUCUGGAUGAAGUGGCCACGUUUGUAUUCUUUGUAUUGACCGGCUACAAAUUCCGCCCAGCAUCUGACAACCCCUACUUGCAGCUUCCUCAGGAUGAAGAUGCAGAUGAUUUGGAAAUGGAGGCAGUAGUAACCACAACAGGGGCAACUUCAGGCGUGAAGAAACUCAAAAAGAUCAUCAACGGAUCUUCAGAGCCUCGAUCUGAGUGGGAUACAUCAGCAUGAACCGAUACACUCCAACCAACUCACUUUUAAUUUAUUUUCUACUUCUAUCGUCAGUCGAAACAAGUGGGUCAAAAUUGGACACGGUUAAUGCCUCACUUCCUACUAAAACUAAACUAAAGAAAGAAAUGUUCCUUUACAGAAAGCACCUGUAUGCAAGUGUUUUUGGAUGCUCCUCUCCUCUCCUUUUUUUUUUU